GGCAGCACCGUAUUCUUUUUCAAAUGAUUCACUGUACGUGCGGAGUAAUCGUAGGCUCUUUGCCACUUAAACCCGGUGUAGACACGCUUAGAGGUUUCUAAGAUGGCGAAGAAAACGUUGGUUGAUAAAAUUGCUCAAAAUGAAGAUAGUAUUAAAAAUAAUGACGAUAUUUUAAAUGACGAAGAAGAGCCAAAUUUUAGUGAUCCAGAAGGAUUUGUUGAUGAUAUUACCGACGAAGAAUUACUUGGCGACAUUUUAAAACAAAAACCAUCUGAGACAGAUGGGGUUGAGUCAGUAGUUGUGAUCGACGGUGUACCACAAGUGGAACCAGAAAGAUUGGAGAAAUUACAAUCGUUCAUCAGUAAAGUACUUGGAAAGUUUGGUACGAUAGUUAAUCAAUAUUAUCCUAAAAAUGAGAAUGGAUAUACUAAAGGGUACAUUUUCUUGGAAUAUAAUAGCCCGAUCAACGCAUUGGCAGCAGCAAAAUCUGCAAAUAAUCAUAAGAUCGAUAAGCAACAUACUUUGAAAGUAAAUUUGUUUACUGACUUCAAGAAAUUCGAAGAGAUUCCCACAGACUGGGAACCACCAAAACCUCAACCAUUUAAAGCAGCUAGCGAUUUACAUUAUUAUUUAUUAGAACCAGAUGCUUACGAUCAAUUUUGUGUACUAUAUGGAAAUGGGCCGGCCGUAUCUGUUCAAAUUUGGCAAAACUCUGCUCCUGAGCCUACAUUGUUGGAAGAUCGACCACGUUGGACAGAGACGUACGUUAAAUGGUCACCUUUGGGUACAUACUUGGCUACCUUCCACAAAUUAGGUGUUGCAUUAUGGGGUGGGCCUCAAUUCGUCCAACAAGUUAAAUUCAGUCAAAGAGGUGUCGAAUGUAUAGAUUUCUCACCAUGCGAACGUUAUCUUGUAACGUAUACGCCACGAACUGAUCUAGGAUCAGAUCAAAAGCGUUUAGCUGUUUGGGACAUUCUGUCUGGGCAAGAGAAACGUUCGUUCUAUCCAGAAGGUUCUUCAGUAUGGCCUAUAUUCCGUUGGUCACAUGAUGACCAGUAUUUGGCUUGGAUGGGUAUAGAUGUUUUAAGCGUCUAUGAAACACCAUCAUUCAGACUACUGGAUAAAAAAAGUAUUAAAAUUCCUGGUAUUCGAGACUUCAGUUGGUCUCCUACAGAUAACGUUCUUGCUUAUUGGGUGCCAGAAGAUAAAGAUGUUCCUGCAAGAGUUACUCUAUUGGAGAUUCCAAAUCGCAAUGAGAUACGAAACAAAAAUUUAUUCAACGUUGCUGAUUGUAAGAUAUACUGGCAAAAAUCUGGAGAUUACUUGUGCGUAAAAGUCGAUCGGUUUGCUAAACGUAAAGAAAAAACAGAACAAAAAUACACAGGAAUGUCAUAUAAUUUUGAAAUCUUUCAUAUGAGAGAGAAACAAAUUCCUGUUGACAGCGUAGAAAUAAAGGAACCAAUCCAUGCUUUCGCGUGGGAACCGAUUGGCAAUAAAUUUGCUAUCAUUCAUGGAGAAAUUCCAAGCGUUAAUGUUAGCUUCUAUGAAGUCAGAUGUGGCCAUCAGCCUGCUCUUCUCAAAAAAUUAGAGAAAAAGGCGUGUAAUCACUUAUUCUGGUCACCAUCUGGUCAAUUUGUCGUAUUAGCUGGUCUAACAACAAUGGCUGGUGCUUUAGAAUUUAUUGACACUAAUGAUUUUACUAUUAUGAAUUCAACCGAUCAUUAUCAAACUUCUGACGUCGAAUGGGAUCCAACUGGAAGGUAUGUCGUAACAGCCGUCUCCAGUUGGAAAACUACUGUCGAUAAUGGUUACUGGAUAUGGACAUUCCAAGGUCGUAUUUUGAAAAGAGUUAACUUAAACGCAUUCAAUCAAUUAUUGUGGCGUCCUAGACCACCGACUCUUCUUACCGCUGAUCAGAUAAAAGAAAUUAAAAAGAAUUUGAAAAAGUAUUCUGCUCAAUUUGAAAGCAAAGAUCGCAUGCGACUAACACGUGCUUCCAAAGAACUCAUCGAGAAACGUUGUGCAUCAAUGAAAUCAUUCGAAGAAUAUCGCACAAAGAGAAUAGAAGAAUAUAACAAUCAAAAGAAACGCCGUCUUGAAUUACGUAAUAAUAUCGAUACCGAUGAAUUAGACUCGGACUCUAAGAAUGUAGAAGAAGAAGUUGUAGAAUUUUUCGUGAAAGAAGAAACGUUUAUUCUUGAUGAUAAAUAAAUAAAACCAUCAAA